AUGUCUCUUAAUGUUUCUCCUCAAACCAAAACCAUUCACAAAGCCGCAUAUCCAGCCAUUGCAGCCUCCCGCCCUGAGCUCUCCCAACAAGAUCGCGUCGUCUACGUAACGGGAGGCUCCGCAGGUAUCGGCUUCGCCAUCUGCCACGCCUUUGCCGACGCCCAAGCGGCCACCGUCAUCCUCACCGGCCGUCGUGAGGCUGCUCUGAGCGAGGCCGUCGAUGCCCUCUCCAAGGAGCACCCAAAGACCAAGUUCAUCGGCCAGGUACUCGAUGCCGCUGAUCGUCCGGCAACGGAAAAGGCCUGGGCUCAGCUUGAGAAAGACGGCGUUGUCGUCGAUGUCUUGGUUCUGAAUGCCGCCUAUGUGACGCACAGACAGGCUCCCCUGGUGGAUCUUCCAUACGAGGAGGCAUGGCCCAGCUGGGUGACCAACGUCGGCGCAAACUAUGACCUGAUUCAACGAUUCUAUCACCAGAAGAACCGUUCCCUCGUCAACCUCUCGACCAUGGCCAUCCACGCGUUCGAACAAGUCAAGGCAUUCCCUGCUUACUGCGCCUCCAAGAAUGCGGGGACCCUUCUCGUCCAGCUCUUUGCUCAGGGCGUUUCCCCCGAUGACAUGCAGAUCCUGAGUUUCCACCCCGGAGCAAUCUGGACGGACUCGGUACAGAAGAGUGGCGUCCCCAAGGAGGCUUAUGCAUGGGACGACGCGACGCUUGCAUCCAAUUAUGCCGUUUGGGCAGCUUCUGAUGAGGCCAAGUUCCUCCAUGGGCGAUUUACCUGGGCGGCUUGGGAUGUGGAAGAGCUUCAGAGCGAAGAGUUCAGGAAGAGGCUUGAAGAGAAGCCGACGUACCUCCAGGUUGGAGUUAUAGGCCUUUCAUGA